AGGUUUACAGGAAAUAAGAGAGUAUCAGGAAGUAGAAAGUUUUGUUGUGUCCUCAAAUGUACUACUAAAGCGUUUAAAGUUUAACUUGGUUAAAAACCAGUUGCACCGUGUUCACAGAUAAUCAUCAGGUGGUGAAGCUUGAUAACGCUGCCUACGAAGUCUAAGGUAGGAUUUAGUUUAAAUAAUACUGUAAGUUAGUUGAAGCGCAUGUCUGCAUGAAAAUUAAAUCGACGAGUACAUUGAAGUACAAUGUAAUAACUUCAGAAAACAGGAAACGGAAGUCCUGUAGUACAGGAGCAGCUGAGGACACCAUGAAUCGAGUCCCCCUGCAGCAGCAGCAGCAGCAGAGCUGUGGGGCCUGGGAGCUGAAGGAGCGUCUGGGCACCGGAGGCUUUGGAAAUGUCACAAGAUGGCAAAAUAAGGACACAGAGGAACAGAUCGCUAUAAAGCAGUGCCGUCAGGAGCUGAGCGAGAGAAACAAAGAGAGAUGGUGCCUGGAGAUCCAGAUCAUGAAGAGGUUGGAUCACGUCAACGUUGUUGCAGCCAGAGAGGUUCCUGAGGGAAUGCAGAAACUGGUGACCACCAAUGACCUGCCACUGCUGGCAAUGGAGUACUGUCAGGGAGGGGAUCUGAGAAAGUAUCUGAACCUCUUGGAAAAUUGCUGUGGAAUGAGGGAGGGCUCCGUUUUGAUUCUGUUAUGUGACAUUUCUUCAGCUCUAACCUAUCUCCACAAGAAGAGGAUCAUCCACAGAGAUUUGAAACCAGAAAACAUUGUGCUGCAGCAGGGACAGAAGAGAUUGAUCCACAAGAUUAUAGAUCUCGGCUAUGCUAAAGAGCUGGACCAGAGCAGCCUUUGCACCUCAUUUGUGGGCACACUUCAGUACUUAGCUCCAGAACUCAUUGAGAGACAGAAGUACACGGUCACUGUGGACUACUGGAGCUUCGGGACCUUGGUGUUUGAGUGUAUCACAGGAUUUCGCCCUUUCUUACCAACCUGGCAGCCUGUUCCUUGGCACCAUAAACUGAGGCUGAAGCAGGAUGAUGAUAUUGUCGUCUAUGAGGACCUCUCGGGGGAAGUCCGCUUCUCUAAACAUCUGCCCCAGCCCAACAACCUCAACAGUUUGUUAUUAGAGAAACUGGAGAGGUGGCUGCAGCUGAUGUUAAAGUGGUCUCCUCAGGAGAGAGGCAAAGACAGCGAGGUUACGCCCAGCGACUGCUUCUCCCAGCUGGGUAUCAUACUGCAGCUCAAGCUGGUUCAUGUCCUGAACAUGAUGUCUGCUAAGAUCCUGACGUACUCCAUCUCAGACAGUGAGACAGUGGCAGACCUGCAGCUGAGAAUAGAAAAAGAUACCAGCAUUCCUGCAGCCAAUCAGGAGCUGCUGCUGGAGGCGGGGAUAGCCUUGGAGCCUCAUGGACUGGCCACACAGUGCGCCAUAGAUUACACAGAGAUAGAUGGGCGACGGACAGACUUGCCUCUGGUCUUCCUGUUUGAUCGUUCUUCCUGCACUUAUGAACCUCAGUUUGCUCCUCGCACCCUUCCAGAGAACAUCCGCUUCGUCCAAACCGACCCUAAACGCGUUCUGCCUUACAGCCCUCUGAGGAGGACUUGCGGCCAGGCGUGGCACACCAUCCGCUCCCUGAAGGAAGACUGGCAACGACUGCAGCAGGGGCAGAAAGCCGCCAUCAUGAGUCUGCUGAGACACAACUCUUCACUGUCUAAACAGAAGAAUGAGAUGGUGUCAAUGCACCAGAGACUAACAGCCAAGCUGGACUUCUUCACCACCAGCCUUCACAUAGACAUGGACAAAUACCAGGAGCAGACGGCCACUGGGAUCGCUUCAGAGAAACUCCUGUGUGUGUGGAGGGAGAUGGAGCAAACAGCUGCCGGCUGUGGUCAGGCCAAGGUGAGUGAACUGGAGGAGGAGAUGAUGCAGCUGCAGCCAGACAUAGUGGAUGUGCAGAGGCAGCCGUGGAGGAGUGGAGAGGCCCUGGACACACUUGAAGGAAAGGCCAUGGAGCUGUUCCGCAAACUCAGAGAGAAACCCAGAGAUCAGAGGUGUUCAGGGGACAGUCAGGAGUUGGUGCGCCUGGUGGUUCAGGCUGUGCAGUUUUACGAGAGGAAGCUCAGAGACUUCUACACACACCUCAGUAAGACAGCUGUGUGCCGUCAGCGAGUGAUGGAGCUUCUGCCGAAGGUGGAGGGCGUGGUCCAGAGAAUGGCUGAGAGCGAGCAAGUCCUGAUGAGUCUGCAGGAGAAACGACAGAGGGAGCUGUGGAACUUGCUCAAAGUCGCCUGUAGUAAAGUUCGCAGCCCAGUGAGCGGGAGUCCUGAUGGACUACAAACCCCCUCUUCAGUGCCGCCUCUAUUGACACCCAGAGACAGCUUACAGCAGUUUGACGAGUCCCUUGUGGAGGAGAGCAGGACAUUUGAGAGUCGACUCCAAAGUUUGCUGCACGACACCAUCCAGGAAUCAGACAACAGUAUGGAGAUGUUGAGAGAGUGGUCGUGGCUGCGUGGAGGCCAGAAUUUCUCCAGUGACCUCUCCUAAUUUGGGUUUCAGAUGCUUACAUAUGGCACCCUACUGCCUCUGAGUGGAUAGGAUGUGGAACUACAUGAGGAUGUGGUAGAAGCUGGUUUAACAUGUUAAAUGCACAAUGUGAACUGAGUAAUAGCUGCUGGCAAAUAUUUACUAAAUGAGAUUAAGGAGUAGGUAAACCUCAUCAACCUAAUCCGGCCUGUAAAAGACAUUCAUCCCAUGUAAAACAGGGUUUUGGAUCUCUGCCUUAAAUGUAAAUGUGUGUCAGAUGUUAUGUGUUUCUCACUGGACCAUUAUUUUUUUGCUGAACAUUUUAUUUUAAUAAGACAAUCAUUGAAUUACACAAGUGAUGUUUAUAAUUGUGAAAAUGAAUUUUUUUUUUACAUCCACUCACAAUUAUAUGCAGGAUGGAUAUAACAACAGGAACACCUGUUUAAUAUGGUGUGGUCCAGUAUCCCUGCAAUAAUUACAAGUGAAGUAUUAAUCCCAACUACUGGAGGUAGUCUUUUCUGGAUAUAGAUAAUACAAAGUGAUAAGAGAUGUUACAUAUUGUCAAGUGUCUGCAAUAUCUUGUUGACUAUUUGUGUAAAUACCCUAUGCUGUAAUAAGUCAUAAUGAAUAACUGAAUGUUAGACAUUUCUAAAUGAAUUUGAAUAUGAAAACAAAACAGAAUUUUGUAUCUUGAAUACAGUAUUUUACUGUACUGUAUGUUUCUUUAAUUCAUUUCCAUGUUUCUGGGAAUGAGGGAACAGGUUUUCCUCUUCAUUCACCUGUUUUAUGUCAACCAAAAUAAAAUUCAUAAAACACACCUA